CAGAAAGUUGAAUGAAUGAAUGAAUGAAUGAGAAAACAGUAUCAUAAAAAGUAUAUCAAAUAGAUGGCCACAUCCCACUCCUUUAUCAUGUCCCUUACUAAAGUAACUAUGCUGGUUUCCAUCUCUUUACAUUUGGCCUAAAUUUCCUCUCCCACCAAGAUUUUACAAGUCACUAGAAUAAUUUUCUACUAUUCAAAAUCUGAAUGUAUAACUUCAGCAGUCCAGAUUCAGUUAAUGGAUGGAGAAAUAAGUCAGCAGUUACUGAAUUCAUUUUGCUGGGCUUGUCUAGUUCUCAAGAACUCCAACUGUUCCUUUUCUUUAUCUUCUCUGUGUUUUAUGGAGCUGCUGUGCUGGGAAACAUCCUUAUCAUCCUCACAGUAAUUACCAACUUUCACUUGCGUUCCCCAAUGUACUUUCUCCUUAGUAAUCUCUCCUUCAUUGAUAUGUGCCAGGCUACAUUUGCAACUCCCAAGAUGAUUUCAGACUUCCUCAAUCAACACAAGACCAUCACCUUCCAGGGAUGCAUGUCACAAAUCUUCUUCUUGCAUGUCUUUGGUGGUACUGAGAUGGUGCUUCUUGUUGUCAUGGCCUAUGACAGAUACAUUGCUAUUUGCAAACCUCUGCACUAUAUGACCAUCAUGAGUCUAAGGGUGUGCACCAUUCUGGUGGGGGUGUCCUGGGCCAUUGGCCUUGUACACUCAGGCAGCCACCUGGCAUUCACAGUUGAUCUGCCUUUUUGUGGACCCAACAAAGUAGACAAUUUCUUUUGUGACCUCCCUCAAGUGAUCAAGCUUGCCUGCUUAGACGCCUAUGUUUUGGAGAUCCUGGUGCUCACCAACAGUGGCCUGCUCUCACUUAUCUGUUUCCUUCUUCUGCUCAUUUCUUACACUAUCAUCCUUGCUACUGUCCAUCACCAAGUUUCUGGUGGAAUGUCCAAGGCACUCUCCACCCUGUCUGCCCACAUCACUGUUGUGGUUCUGUUCUUUGGCCCAUUUAUUUUCAUAUAUAUUUGGCCCUUUGAGAGCUUUCCAAUUGAUAAGUUUAUCUCUGUGUUUUUUAUUGUCUUCACUCCUCUCCUUAACCCCAUCAUUUAUACACUGAGGAAUAAAGAUAAUCAAAAAGUAAAGACAGCUAUGAGGAAACUGAAGAAUAGAUUUCUGAGUUCUAACACGGCAACCCCUUCUCACUAG